AUGAAGAAAUGCCACCCAGACUUGGCCCGCGGCCCGCAGCACCGCGGGAUCCUGGACCUGUGCCAUCGGCGGCUUUGGGCCUCUCUGCAGAUCAUCAGCCACGACACCCGGCGCUUCCGCUUUGCCCUGCCGUCGCCCCAGCACAUCCUGGGCCUCCCUAUCGGUCAGCACAUUUACCUCUCCACUCGCAUCAACGGGAACCUGGUCAUUCGUCCUUACACACCUGUGUCCAGUGAUGACGACAAGGGCUUCGUGGACCUGGUCAUCAAGGUUUACUUCAAGGACACCCACCCCAAGUUCCCCGAUGGAGGGAAGAUGUCGCAGUACUUGGAAAACAUGCAGAUCGGAGACACCAUCGAGUUCCGGGGCCCCAACGGGCUGCUGGUCUACCAGGGCAAAGGGAAGUUUGCCAUCCGCCCGGACAAGAAAUCCAACCCUGUCAUCAAGACGGUGAAGUCUGUGGGCAUGAUUGCAGGAGGGACAGGCAUCACCCCGAUGCUGCAGGUGAUCCGCGCCAUCAUGAAGGACCCRGAUGACCACACUGUCUGCCACCUGCUCUUUGCCAACCAGACGGAGAAGGAUAUCCUGCUGCGGCCCGAGCUGGAGGAGCUGAGGAAUGAACAUUCCGCCCGCUUCAAGCUCUGGUACACGGUGGACAAAGCCCCUGAAGCCUGGGACUACAGCCAGGGCUUCGUGAACGAGGAGAUGAUCCGGGACCACCUGCCGCCCCCCGGGGAGGAGACGCUGGUGCUGAUGUGUGGCCCCCCGCCCAUGAUCCAGUACGCCUGCCUGCCCAACCUGGAGCGCGUGGGUCACCCCAAGGAGCUCUGCUUCGCCUUCUGAUGGCCGGGCGCUGGCCCCACGCGCGUCGCCGGGAACUCUCCACGUCCGUCCUCGCCCCCCACCGCCAUUCUUUCCCAUCGGUUCCCCCACGUCCACCCCCACGCACACUGGGGCCCCGGGUUCAGCCUGGCCUGCCCGUGCCCUGGUGGUCACCAGCUGAGCUGGCCCCUGAGGGGCCCUUUGGGAGCAAGGUUCUGUUUCAGGUGGGCCACUGCUGGCCACCUUGGGAACAGCUUCCCAUCUGGCACUAGCUGGUUCUUACCGGAGAUGCCACCCCUGRUCUACCCCGGUCCCCCCACAGCAAGGCACAGGCCGACGCUGCUGCCCGCGCCCCACCCAGCCCUCCUGGCAGCCCCAGUUGACAAACGGAAAGGCAGCCCAGAGCUGCAGGUGACCCAGAAUGUCCCAGCCAGGGCCCUGGGACAUGGCCCCCACGCUGCAGAGUCAGGUCACACCUGAAGGCCCUGGGAGGGCGUGGCAGGGGUGAGAAGCUGCGUCCCACCCCGGGCCCCAGCAGUCCCCCCCCUGCCCCGGGAGGUGGCCCCCAGGCCUGGUGGGGAGGGCCCGGCAGGUAGCGGUCACCCCGCAGGGAACCUGGCGUUUCUCUGUCCCUCUGUCCCAGCCUCCGCCCGCCUGCCUUGCCCCCUGAGACCUGAGCGGUGCCUCCUGUCCCAGCUGCCGUGACGGUGGCUGUCCGCUGUCCCAGCUGAGAGCUGAAGUAAAACUGCUGAUGCCGACGACUGUGGC